AAUUUUGUUGUUGUAUAUUUAUAUAUCUUAUCUUAGUUGGAGAGGUGAGUUUGGGUUUUGGCACCAAAAACCCUAAAACCCUUUCCUUUGAAUUGAAUGGAUAAUCCAGAACAGAGCCAACAGCAGCAGAUGAAGAAGAAGAAGCCAUUGCCGUCGGCAAAGCAGCUGAUAUCCCACUACGAAUCGCAGGGUCUGGACACCCAAGAAGCAUCGGUGAAGGUGAUAGAGGAUCUCCAGGCCACCCUCUUCAGAGUCAUCACCUCCGGCCGAGCCAAGAAGGACAAGCUCUUAGCCGAAGCCAACCGGAAGCUCGACUCGGCAAACUCACGCCUCGCCCUUAUCGACUCCAAGCUCGAUUCUAAGCCCGGAUAUGGAGCAAGCUUGGCAAUUGGAAUGGCUUCUGGUCUUGCCUUGAAUGGACUCGGAACUGUUCUUCCCCAUCUUUCCCAGAUUUGGAGCUCUGUUAGGUCUGUUAGUAAAGAUUCUCCCCAAUGAAUUUUAUUAUUGAAUUAUGCUCUGUUUCUUUCUGGGUUUUGUGAGUUUUUUAAGGAAACAAAAUGUUGCAGUUGAAUUUUGUUGAAAAGAAAAGAUUUAUCAACUUACAAAACUCAAA